AUGCAUUUUGCAUCCUUCAUACUCGCCUUCGGAGCCAUCGCGACAGUGCUGGCUUUGCCAACUGCUGAUGUGAAUCAACCAGCUGGCCCCGCCAACACCGCUGACUUUGAACCACACAACUUCGUCGACUCCAAGGGCGAGAAACGUGUUGUAUGGGUAGCGAAGAACUUUGUAUCAACCGAGGAUAAUCAGGGAAUCUCAAAGUCCAGAGAUCUAUCCGGCCUGGAGAAACGAUUCCGUUGGUACGAAGGUGGAAACCAAGACAAGUGCGGUGGUUCAACUUUCUUCAACCGGGCAGGCGCCGACUCUCCGACAGAAGGAGACUGCCGUUGCGUUGCAGACUAUGCACGCAACACUCUGCGGGGAUAUUGGACCUUUAAUCGUUCCGAUGGAAAAUGGUUCAACUUGGUCUGGUGCGGUAAUUGCGUUUUCGGUGUCGGCACGGCCAAUUGGUUUGACACGCCCAUCGGUAACACAGACGUAGCGGACCUUACGUAUGAUACCAUCAACAGAUUCAACUGGAAUGGUCACGUCGGCGGUACAGGUGACAUGGGAUGCCACAAUGGUAUUGAUAUGUCUAGGGUCGAGUGGAAUGUUUACCGCACCUAA